AUUGUCACGGCAAAGAGGAGGUUAUGUUGUGAAGUAAAUUUGUUUUGAUUCCCGGAAUUUCAUUCACAUCUGCCCGAAAGGAUGAUCUUUCAAUCACUCAGUGUGUUCAGAUUAGCUCGAAUAGUCCAACAAAGUCCAGCUACGAGAAAUUCCUCCUUCACUUUCCUAUGUCAUCGUUGUGCAUCCACCACAUUUCCACUCCUCACACGGCGGAUUCCACUGCCAGGUCCCAGAACUUCGAUUAUUGUGAGACAAUGUGCAACCAAGGCAUCUGGGAAGAAGUUCAAGUACAAAAAGUCAGAUUUAUUCAGGCUACUUCAGCUGGCAGCGAGAGAAAAGUGGGUCAUUGCUGGAGGAAUUGGCUGCCUGAUUGUUUCAUCGAGUAUCACCAUGGCUGUUCCUUAUGGAUUAGGGAAGAUUCUUGAUACAAUUUAUACAGAUGAGUCCAAGGAAGAGGCCAGAGAGCGCCUGAAGAAGUUUUGCCUAAUCCUAGCGGGGAUUUUCAUCAUCGGUGGAAUCUCGAAUUUUGGGAGAGUUUAUCUGUUCAACAGUGCAUCAUUGCGUAUUGUUCAGGACAUCCGGUCGAGAUUGUAUCGUGCAAUGCUGAGUCAGGAAGCUGGGUGGUUUGAUCAGAAGGGCACGGGGGAGUUAGUUAAUCGCCUCUCGCAGGAUUCCUACCUGGUGGGGAAUUCCCUGAGUCAGAAUAUGUCCGACGGAUUGAGAUCAACCGUGAUGGUGACUGCUGGUGUUGGAAUGAUGGUGCACACAUCACCCCACCUGGCUCUUGUGGGAAUGUGUGUGGUUCCAGCUGUAGCAGGAAUGGCCGUGGUUUAUGGGAGAUACGUGAGGAAUAUAACAAAGAGCCUCCUGGAUCAGUAUGCAGGGAUCAUGAAGACGGGGGAGGAACGUCUUGGGAAUAUAAAGACAGUCAAGAUGUUCUGCCGAGAAGAGCAGGAGAGUCAACUCUUCCUCAGUAAGCUGUACGAUGCUCUCCAUCUGGGCUACAUGGAAGUUCGGGCAAGAGCAAUAUUCUACGGCCUCACCGGGCUCUCGGGGAAUAUUCUCAUAAUGUCCGUACUCUUCUACGGUGGGAAUAUGGUGGCUAAUGAGGAGCUCACCGUGGGUGCAUUGACAUCCUUCAUUCUCUAUGCUGGCUACUCGGCAAUCUCCAUUAAUGGGCUCAGCAAUUUCUACACGGAAUUGAAUAAGGGAUUGGGAGCUGCUCAGAGAAUCUGGGAGAUUUUCGAUCGGCAACCACUGAUCCCCGUGGCAGCAUAUGCGGGGAAGACUCUUCCCUCCUUGGGUGCCAUCACCUUCCGGAAUGUGGCAUUCAACUAUCCAUCGCGCCCUGAUAAUCCAGUCCUUGUGGAUCUCAACCUUACCAUUGAUGCGGGAACGACGACUGCAGUUGUGGGUAAAAGUGGUUCCGGAAAGUCAACAAUUGGGAUCCUCCUUCUUCGUCUGUACGAUCCAACACACGGUCAGGUGUCUCUCAAUGGUGUGGACAUUCGGGAUUUGGAUCCCCUGUGGCUGCGAUCGAACAUUGGAGCCGUUAACCAAGAGCCCGUUCUCUUCAGCGGCACAAUUAGGGAGAAUAUCCUCUAUGGCGUGAACGUGGGCACACGCAUUUCCGAGGAGAACUUCCAGAGAAUUGUCCGGGAAGCGCAUGUAGAUGAAUUUGUGCGGAAUCUCCCACAGGGAUUGGAAACCAUCGUAGGACAGCGUGGGAUGAUGCUGAGUGGGGGCCAAAAGCAGAGAGUAGCCAUUGCCAGAGCUCUCAUCAAAAAUCCCUCCAUCCUACUGCUCGAUGAGGCAACGAGUGCCCUUGAUGCGGGAUCUGAGGAGCACAUCCAAGUAGCUCUGGAAUCCCUGACAAAGGGACGUACAGUGCUCACCAUUGCUCAUCGAUUGAGCACCAUUCGGAAUGCACAGAAAAUUGUUGUUCUCGAUUCAGGACGAAUUGCUGAGGAAGGAACCUACGCAGAGCUUUCCAUGCGGGAAGAGGGACUCUUCCGGGAAUUGGUGAAGCGACAGACAUUUCAGCUUCAUUAAAUUUAGCACAAAUGGGAUCAAAAUAUAGGUAUAUAGGUCAUAUAAUGUAAAAAACAAAAAUGUAAUUUAUUUUAUAAAAUAAAUAGAAUUUUUAUUAGAA